CUGUGGCCAAAUAUGUGGAGGCAAGUGGGGGUCAGAUCUGUCAGGGGUGUGGUGAAGAGGUAACAAUGGGACUGGACCUACAGUGGGGAAUUGGAAGAAAGUGGGGGCUAAUAUGGUUGCACAGGCUGCUUCUCUGUGCGUCAACUAUGUCGAGAUUUUGUAACCUGUGUCAGCAAGUUGUUGAGGUUGUCACUACAUAUAUCCCAGUUUGAGAUGGGUCUGUAUUCGGACCUUAAAAGGUUUGAGUAUGUAUGAGACAGGAAAGGUGACUUGACUUGUGAUCUUAUCAAAUUAUGUGGAGUAGGCUGCAGGCAAUUGCUGUCAAGCACUGUUGGGUUGUUUAUGUGAAGCUGUUGCACAGCAAACAACUGAGCGGGAGGAGGGGCAGGAAACAUUUGCUGGUACAUUAGGUUCCAAGCAGAAAAGAGUGUCUCUUGCCUGUGUUCGCUGUUGACCUUCGUUUCAUUGUUACUUGCAGCUCAGAAGCUGAUGAAAGGUGAAUUGACAAACCAUUUCAUCGGUGCAUGUAGUUGACAACUGGACGCACCCUGAGCUCAACUAAAGAACUGUCGUUUUCUUGUGCCGAUAGGGUUUUAGUGACUGCUGUCCUGUGCCUCUCAUCUAAGUGUGGCAACUUCCCCAGUGUCUGGUUGGAAAUGAGCCAACUGAUAGUGGUGUACCAGGUUGUACAUGGUGCAUAUGUCCCAGAUUGCUGCUAGUCUGCACAGGAGCUUUGACAACACGUACUGAAACGAAGCAAGCAAGUACAGUGGAAGGGAAAUGGGGGUGGGGGGAGAAGCUGCACCUUAUUGGCAGUCUGCAUCCUGAGCUGUCAGGCUUUUGUUUUCAUCAUUGUCACUGGUUGAGCCAUCUGGUGAAAGGAGAAAUUCUUGCUGUGAACCAGGCUUUUUGCCGUACUGUUAGUGAUGCAGAUGUAUGUUAGGCCUGCCUUAAGAAAGUCAGAAAUAAUGCUGCUGAAGUCUGUUGCAACACAACGCAGCCACAGCAGUGCUUGUGUUAUUGGGUUCAACAAUGGCUUCCGUAACUUCGAAUGUGGAUUCGAAAGCAGAACUCACUUCAUUACUGGAACAGUGGGAGCGAGAGAAUAGCAACGAGCAGAAUGUUAUUCCUGUGCUGACCAAGAUUUCAGACCUCAUUGAGAAAGAGACUGAGGAAUACCAUAAGGCUGACCCUGAUCCCUUUGACGAUAGGCACCCAGGUCGAGCGGAUCCAGAAUGUAGGUUGGGACAUUUGUUAAAAAUACUCUUUAAAAAUGAUGACUUCAUGAAUUCGCUGGUGAAUACUUACAUAAUGACUAGUAGAGACCCUGUAGUCAACACUUCAGCGUGCAGACUUCUCUUGGACAUUAUGCCUGGAUUGGAAACUGCUGUUGUUUUUCAAGAGAAGGAGGGGAUUGUAGAAAACUUAUUCAAGUGGGCAAAAGAAUCUGAUCAGCCACUGAGAACAUAUGCUACGGGCCUGCUUGCUGGAGCCAUGGAAAACCAAGAUAUUGCAGCCAAUUACCGGGAGGAAAAUUCACAGAUGGUACCAGUGAUGCUACAACGUUUACGAGACUUACAACUGCAAGAACUGGAAAAUAACCAGAAGACAAAAUGGCAGAGCCCGCGGAGGCCACACUUUACAACCUUGCUUCCAAUGGAUGAGGAAGCUGUGGAUAUGGACUAUGGUGAUACCUUGAAAGCCGAGGCUGUGGAGGACUGUGCCAAUAAUCUCUCCUUUCAAUUAAAUUCUUCACACAAAACCAGUAACAGGAUUAAUUCCUCCAUCAAAACUGCAGAGAAUGAGGAAGGAAUGAAGGGGAAGGAUGGACAAAGGACUGAGAGAGAGAAUACAAAUAAAACAGCCAAACAAAGACUCAGCUUUACAAACUUGGAAUCUGAACGAAUAUGUAAUGAGCAGUCAAAUAGCUGGUCGGAAAUGUCACCUUGGGUAAUUGGCACUAAUUAUAGCCUUUACCCUUUGACACCUGCCAUCGAGCAAAGAUUAAUUCUACAGUAUUUAACACCUCUGGGAGAAUAUCAAGAGUUGUUAGCUGUAUUUAUGCAGCUCGGUGCUCGCGAGCUGCUCAUGUACUACAUCGACUUGAAGCAAACUAACGAUGUUCAACUCACUUUUGAAGCGCUUAAGUAUCUGGCUUCUUUGUUAUUACAUAAGAAGUUUGCCGCAGAAUUUGUGGCUCAUGAAGGUGUUCAAAAGUUGCUGGAGAUCCCCAGACCCUCUAUGGCUGCCACUGGUGUUUCCCUGUGUUUAUAUUAUCUAGCUUACAACCAGGAUGCAAUGGAACGGGUGUGCUUACUCCCACACUCCGUGUUGUCUGACGUUGUCAGUUACACCCUGUGGCUACUAGAGUGCUCCCAUGAGUCAGGCCGCUGUCAUGCCACUAUGUUCUUCUCCAUCUCAUUCGCUUUCCGCUCUAUACUGGAGCUCUUUGACAAGCAGGAUGGUCUUCGACGGGUGGUUAAUUUGAUCAGCACGCUAGAAAUCUUAAACCUGGAAGAUCAGGGUGCUCUGCUUAGUGAUGACGAGAUCUUUGCCAGCCGCCAGACAGCCAAGCACACUUGUAUGGCACUGCGCAGGUACUUCGAGUCACAUUUGGGAAUUAAGCUGGAGCACGUGAAGAGAUCCUUGCAGCGGACAGAAGGAGGCGCUAUUGUUCAUCCUCACCCACCAUGUAAGGCCUGCUCCUACACCCAUGAUCAAGUCAUGGAGAUGAUGGAGUUUCUGAUUGAGUAUGGUCCAGCAAGACUCUUCUGGGAGCCAGCUGAAGUCUUCCAUAAGCUCUCCUGCGUACAGCUUCUGUUGCAGCUUAUAUCUAUUGCUUGUGAGUGGAGGACUUACUAUGGCAGGAGUGACACUGUUCGUUCUGCUCUAGAUGUACUGGCUGUCCUCACUGUGGUUUCCAAAACUCAGCUUCUACUAGCAGAACCUGUAGGUGUGAUGGAUGAAGGGUCAACUCCUGUUACUGCUGUGGGGAUGAGCAUUAUCCUUGGAGUUGCCGAGGGGGAUAUCUUUGCAAAUGAUGCAGAGACACAGAAGUCUGCGCUUCAAGUCAUCAUCAAUUGCGUUUGCGGGCCUGACAAACGUAUCUCCAGCAUCGGCAAAUUUAACUCCGGGACCCCUCGGCGCAAGAGUUUGCAGAACCCCAAGAGUUCAGAGAGUGUGCUGACCAAGAUGUGGGACAUGGUCCAGGCCAACAACGGCAUUAAAGUGCUGCUGUCCCUGCUGACCGUGAAGACGCCCAUCACUGAUGCAGACCAGAUUCGCACCUUGGCUUGCAAAGCCUUGGUGGGCUUGUCGCGCAGCAGCUCUGUGAGGCAGAUCAUCAGUAAGCUGCCUCUCUUCACCAGUGGUCAGAUCCAGCAGCUGAUGCGGGAGCCCGUGCUUCAGGACAAGCGGCAUGAGCACGUCAAGUUCUGCAAGUAUGCCUCCGAGUUGAUUGAGCGAGUCUCAGGGAAGCCCCUGUCUAUCGGCUCAGAUGUCUCGCUGGCCAGGUUGCAGAAGGCGGAUGUUGUGGCCCAGACACGGAUCACCUUCUCCGAGAAGGAGCUGCUGCUGCUCAUCCGCAACCACCUUGUGUCCCAUGGGCUCAACGACACUGCCUCAGCGCUCACCAAGGAGGCAGACCUUCCGAGGACACCAGCCAUCCAAGCUGCACAGCCUCACUCCUCGGCUUUCACACCAGUUGCCACCAGUAGUUCCCCGGUCGCUUUGCCCAGGACUCUAAGACUGGCCAACAGUAUUGCCCCUCGAGCCAUCAGCCUGAAUGCGUUUUCAACGCCCUGCCCAUCAAAGGCAGCGGUUUCUCAAGCAACCACCUCCGUACCUGGUCCGUCCUGCCCUAACGGCUCUCCGAUAAUCGGCAAGAUAAGCUUCUGCAAGGAGAAGCCAUCUCCCAGCAACAACACCACCAGCCUAAAGAAGCAGAGACUGAUUCGUCAGAAGUCAGACUAUGGUGCUUACAACCAGACGCCAGCUAUCAAAAAGCAGCUGGACCGCCACUUACCAUCACCACCGUCCUUGGAUAGCAUCAUAACAGAAUACCUACGGGAGCAACAUGCCCGCUGCAAGAAUCCUGUCGUUACCUGUCCCCCCUUUUCCCUCUUCACCCCCCACCAAUGCCCAGAGCCAAAACAAAGACGUCAGGCACCACUAAAUUUCACAUCCCGGGUGACGCACAGAGCUGCCUUUCCAAAGUAUGGUGGAGUGGAUGGUGGUUGCUUUGAUCGACAUCUCAUUUUCAGCAGGUUUCGACCCAUUUCUGUGUUCAGAGAAUCUGACGAAGAAGGCAGUGGUUUUACGUGCUGUGCAUUUUCUGCCCGAGAGCGCUUCUUAAUGCUGGGGACUUGUACUGGAGAACUUAAGCUCUAUAAUUUGUUCACUGGCCAAGAAGAAGCCACAUACGCCUGUCAUAACUCUGCCAUUACACACCUGGAGCCGUCCAAGGAUGGGUCCUUGUUGUUGACUUCAGCAAGCUGGAGUCAGCCUCUCUCUGCUCUCUGGGGAAUGAAAUCUGUCUUCGAUAUGAAACACUCUUUCACAGAUGAUCACUAUGUAGAGUUCAGUAAACUCUCUCAGGACAGAGUGAUUGGAACAAAGGAAGAAGUGGCACAUAUCUACGAUAUCCAAACUGGACAGAACAUUCUCACUCUCUACAAUCCAGAUCUAGCUAACAACUACAAGCGGAACUGUGCAACCUUUAAUCCCACAGAUGACUUGGUGUUAAAUGAUGGAGUGUUGUGGGAUGUACGUUCAACACAGGCGAUUCACAAGUUUGACAAGUUCAACAUGAAUAUUAGUGGAGUAUUCCAUCCAAAUGGACUAGAAGUCAUCAUCAAUACGGAGAUUUGGGACCUACGGACAUUCCACCUCUUGCAUAUGGUACCUGCGUUAGAUCAAUGUCGCAUUGUCUUCAACAACACAGGCACAGUCAUCUAUGGAGCUAUGCUGCAGGCAGAUGAUGAAGAUGAUUUCUUAGAAGUGAGAAUGAAAAGUCCCUUUGGAUCGUCUUUCAGGACCUUUGAUGCAACUGAUUACAAACCAAUAGCAACACUUGACGUGAAGAGGAAUAUUUUCGAUUUGUGCACAGACACAAAGGACUGCUAUCUGGCAGUGAUUGAGAAUCAAGGCAGCAGCAUGGAUGCCCUGUCAAUGGACACUGUCUGCAGGCUGUAUGAGGUGGGCCGUCAGCGGUUGGCUGAGGAAGAAGAUGAAGAAGAAGAUCAGGAGGAAGAGGAGGAGGAGGAGGACGAUGAUGACGAUGACGACGACGAUGAUGACUCCGAAGAUGAUCUGGACGACUUGGAUACUGACCCAUUGCUGGAGGGCGAGGAUGAAAACAAUGGGAGCGAGGCGAAUGCGGCUGAGGAUGGUGAGCAGGACUUCACACCAUCUGACGAGGAGGAGCUAGAGGCCCUGCUGGGUAAUGGCGAAGAUGAUGCUGGGGAGGACGACGAGGAUGAUGAUGAGUGGGAGGACAUUCUUGAAGAUUCAGAUAGCACAGAUAACUCUGACCUGGAAGAUGAUGUCAUCCUGUCCCUAACUGAAUGAAUGUUCCACGUGAAUUGGUGGACCCAACAAGAAUUGAGGUGCCCAAGUGUAAGGCACAUCCCUCCCUAGGGAAAGCAAAGCAAGCGUAAUGAACGUUUUUUUCAGGGUCCGUGAGUUCAGUCCUGAAAUAUUCACACGCAGAGAGGGGAACAGAGCUGGAACAAAUCUAAUUAUCAAAGUAGUGCUACCUUUCCCGUCGAAUUGUGUGAAACUGAAGAGACUCUUCAGCUGCUGCAGGCUGUAAGCUGUGGAAGAAUCGUGCCUCAGAGGUAGAGAAGUUGUGCAUGGUGUGGCCGUCACAGCUUCAGGAUAUGGAGACACAGUGCAUUUAAAGCAGAGAACUUUUUUUUUAAUGGAUUUUCUAGGGGACAUUUGUUUGUGUGUGAGUGUGUAAAUAUAAAUAUAUAUAAAAGAAAAGAGCCAUAUAUUGAGGAUGGUCAUAAUGAAGAAUUGGGCUGUAAUUUUCCAUUUGUAAUGUCAAAAAGUAAAGCUUUGAAACUGAGUUCAAUGCCCUGCUCACUGCAUCCUGCUAAUGCUCGUCUUUUAACAUUAAGGGCCCUCUCAAUCAGUGUUACAGAAAAUAGUUUGUGCUUUCGUUGCCAUGGUGUAAUAAGUGUUGGUAAAUUCAUCAGGAUCUUGAGACACAAGAUGAACAGAUAUGCCAAUAAGUGAUCAGUUUGAAUUGAAAUUCCAAGUGACUAAUGUGAAUAGCAGUUGUGGCUCUGUGUUUCCCUUGUAUCUGGCACAUCUCCUCCACAUCCAACCUGCAUUGACAAUCAAGGUACACAUCAUGGAGUUGUUUUUGUUUUAACUUGUCUUUACUGUCGAUCCAGCACCAGCCAAAACAUCUUUCAAAAGAGCUAGAAGAGAGGAAAAAAAGAAAAUGAGCUGCCUCAUCAUAACUAAGUAAAAGCUGAUCGGGUUUCAUGGACUGCAUUAUUGGACACAAAGCAUGUAACUUUCUGCUUGGGAUUUCAGAAUGACUAUUCCUGAGUUCUGAGUGCAGAGCACAAUUCUCCUGACGGUUGUGAGUGGGUGCUAACUGGACAUUUUCUUUAAAUGCAUUUGAGAGUAUGCACAAAUGAAGUGCACAAGUACAAUGUGUGAUACCAUGUGUGCACACUGUUCCCAGGUAUGUACAUGCAAACAUAUAUGCAGACAAGCAUAGACACAUUUGCAAAUUCUGGUUGCUCCUUGCUCAUCGUUAACUCCACUGAUUGUAUUGCCUUACAAAGUUAAGGAGAAAUGCUGACCUGUGGAACGAACACAGUUAAACAUCACAACUAGCCAGUGACGCCAGCACCACAGUGAUGAGGACCCACUCUGCACAGAGAUGGAAACUCCCUAUAUCUGCAACCAGUCUGCAGAGUGAGAGAUAUUAUGUGUCCCACUCUCAGUUCUGCUGAAGAUGAUAGUUACUUGUUCCUUUUUCAGUCUUCUGCUUGGUUCCAAGCAUGAAGAAACUCCUUUAAUGCUUCAGUAAUUAAUAACUUUCUUCCAUCGUCUACUAUUUCCUAGUUUGUCAUCUUUCUCUUUUCUAACGGUACCAGCUAAUUCCCCAGUGGCGGGACCUGCAUUUCUGUCGCUGGUCAAUUUAUGGAAAAGAGAGGGUGACCUGAGGUGAAAGAUACCUUGUAGUUCUCAAAUAGACCAGGUUAAUCAGUGUUUGGGCAGAGUUCCUGGGGAUGAUGACAAACUUUAGUGUAUAUCUGAGUGAACAAUUCAUUCACUGUUUACAGGUGAUGGUUUGGACUUGACUCAGAUUAUACUUCCAUCAAAAUUUUAAUUUCAUAUGGUUCUAAGAUAUUCAUUCUGUAACCUCAAAGAUGUCUCUGUUGUCUACCCUGGCUGCUCUUUGAUGCACAUCUCAUUUUCUUCAAGUGUUUCCCCCAGUGGCUGCCUUCGGGAGAGAUGCUGGUCACAGUUAUAACAACUGAGUAACCAAGCCCCUGAUAUCUCAACUUAAAGAUGGUAGGUUUUAGAUUACCUUCCUCUACACCUCCCUCCAAUCCCUUUUUGAGGUUUCCCUUUAUUUGUUCAACUGAAGUAGAUCCAAAAAGAGGCCUUACUCUCAACUUUUCCAAGCAGAAUAAUUAUAAUCUGCUGAUGUCUUAUUGGUAUAGCAGCAGCAUUAUAUACAAGUAGCUUGGAGUGGUGUAGAAUAUUACUUCCUCUUCAAACUUGUCCUUCGAUAUUAGUCUCCAAGUAUUAAUGUACUUGAGCAAGUGAAUGGAUAAAAUGUUUUAGCUUUGUCCCUUGAAUAAUGAAAGAAGUUGUGUUUCAUUGACAGGAAUGAGAUUUGGGUGGGUAACACUCAGCUUUCAACUUCUAUCAAUGUUGGCCAGCAUAAGAAACUUUUGAAUCGCCUGGGAAAUUACCUUUCUCAUGAGUUGCCUUUUUUCUGUGAUGCAACAAGAUUCAGUAAUCCUGCUCAGUGCCCAUUGGAUGGCUAAUGAAAGAAAUGUCAUACUAAUACAACUGGAGGGGUAUCUGCGUGCAUUGUUCCAAAGAGCCUUGGGCUGUUUAUGUAAUCUUAACGUAUUUAAAUCACAUUCACUUUCACAGAAUCUAAAUGCCCCAGUAACCUUUAACCAGCCUGUAGGGUGAUAUUCAAAUGCAAUAAGCCAGUAAAUUAAAAAGAAAAGGCUUCUUGGACUGGUAUGUCUGGCCUUCAAGGGCCAAGCUCUGUGGCUAGAGAAGAGUGUGCAGAGUUUUAAAUAUACCAAACCCAUACUGUCCCAGCCUGAGCGUAUUGGGAAACUGCAGAAGGAUAUUUACUAUCUAAUGCAGGAUAUUGCUCCUCGGUGGGGUGGGACGAUCUUUAUCCUGUGCUACUUUACUGUGGCAAUAUAGAGGAAGUUUCUCAGUACUUAUUCUGUAUUGUACACCAACUGAGCAGUAUUGAUGCUGACUACUGAAUUCUUGGUGGAGGGGAGAAGAAGUUCCUUUUCCCCAAGUGUUGUCAUCCAUUUCACCAACCUAAAACUCUCCGGGGUAAGCAAUUGCCCAAAAUUAGCCUCAAGACCAUCAUAGAUGAGGUCACAAAUGUAAUUUUUGAAUGAGAAGCUCAUACCCUGAGUUGGACUAGCCUUGUUAUACCUAUGCUGCUGCGAACAGUAGCAGAGGUAGAGUGGGUCAAAUCUCAUUAAUGCACUGACAUUGUCUAUGGGUUUGCAGGAGUGAGGGGUGUGAUAUUACGUGAGCAACACCAUGAGAAUGAUACCAGAUAGAUGGAAUCAAUUCUCCCUCCUUGCUGCAGCUUCUGUCUUUUGACCCAAUGAUUGUAGAACAAGGUUCUGCCACAAAGUGGUGCUGGAAUACAAGUACUGGUUGCUUGCAGCAGUAGCAAGGCAAGUGAUGUCAUUGUUUCAAAAGAAACAAUCUAAUUAUUUUCCUUUUUUUUCUAGUUCUAGUUGAGCAGGACAGGGUCUCCACUUAGCCCUGACUUGGGCUGUUAAUGGCAAUGCACACAUUACGGUAGACUGUCUCUUCGGGUGGGGAGGAGAAAGUAUAUAAAGCAAAACAUUGAAAGCUCAUUAGCAGGAAAAAAACAAACAAGAACCAGGUCUUAUUUCAUGCGUUUACCUAAGAGGUGCAUCAAUAUUUUUGUGCAUUUUCCUGUAAUUUACAAACGUGUGAUACAAAGCACAAACUGUAAAAAGAUUAGGCCUUGUACAGAAUUCAGCUGAAAUAUUUUUAUUACUGAAAAUGAAACAA